UGCGUUGACUUGAUACGCUCAAGUCAAAAAAAAAAAAAAAUUUUGUUGGUGAAUAAAAAAGAUUCUGCAUAUUUUUUCUUUACAGUUCAAGCAUCAUAAAACAUGAAAAUGAUUUUCUCUUCUAUAUAUGUCACAUAGUUGUUUUGGUCACUCAACUAAAGAAGGGGCGUGCACAGCUUCACCACCUCAUGCGCGUGUAAACACCACGUGACUCACACCCCUUUUUAAAAAAGACACCAACGCGUGCACACACACAUUAAUGCACACACACGCCCACACAGUUCACCGGCUGCUUGGCUGCAUUUUUCAUCCUCUUCAGAAUCAGCACGCUCAUAAUCACAAAAUUGUCAGAUUUUUCAGGUUUUUAGCCAAGGUGGUUACUUAAAGCCGAUGCUAUCCUCGCUGUAUAGUUCAACGUGGGGUCAUGUGGAAAAGAGCCAAGAAGUCAAGACACUACUGAUCCUCUCUAGCGCCACCUCUCAGCCAUGAAGUUGGCCUUGCACGGGCUGGCAGGCGCCACUACGAGCACCCUGACGACGGGCGUGCCGUACCUCGGCUCCAAUGCCGCGGUCUACGAUGAUGGUUCGAGGCUGGCGGAGGACGGAUUCCUCUCUGAGAAAACGGCUUCCAUUAACGCCGCCGCAGCAGCUGCCAAGGAGGUCGUUUUCAGCGCACUUGCCCCCGUUCUGCCCACAAACGUCACCAGCCUUCUGCUCGCUAAUGAGAGCGUUGGCCCAGCGCAGUGUGGGGAGAACUUUGCGGACAACAUGGAGUGUUUUAUGAUCCUGACUCCGGGUCAGCAGCUUGCGGUCGCCAUCUUGGCUCUCACGUUGGGGACGUUCACGGUACUGGAGAAUCUGAUGGUGCUGUGCGUCAUCCUGCACUCGCAGACCCUGCGCUCCCGGCCCUCCUAUCAUUUCAUCGGCAGCCUGGCCGUGGCCGACCUCAUUGGCAGUGUCAUUUUUGUCUACAGCUUCCUGGACUUCCACGUCCUACACAGGAAGGACAGCCCGGGGGUUUUCCUCUUCAAGCUGGCAGGCGUCAUCGCUUCGUUCACCGCCUCCGUGGGCAGCCUCUUCCUCACCGCCAUCGACCGCUACAUUUCCAUCCACAGGCCCAUGGCGUACAAGCGCAUCGUGACCAAAACAAAGGCGGUGGCGGCCUUCAGCCUCAUGUGGAGCAUCUCUGUUGUCAUCUCGCUGCUGCCUCUGCUGGGCUGGAACUGUAAGCGCCUCAACUCGGUGUGCUCGGACAUUUUCCCCCUCAUCGACGAGAGGUACUUGAUGUUCUGGAUCGGGGUGACGAGCGUGCCGCUGCUCUUUAUCGUCUAUGCCUACAUGUUCAUCCUGUGGAAGUCGCACCAUCACGCCGUGCGCAUGAUGAGCCGGAGCUCCCAGAGAAGCGUCAUCGUCUACACGGCGGAGGGUACCAAGGUCCAAAUGGUGAGACCGGACCAAGCCCGCAUGGAUCUGCGCCUGGCCAAGACUUUAGUGCUCAUCCUGGUGGCCCUCAUUAUCUGCUGGGGCCCGCUGCUGGCCAUCAUGGUGUACGACCUCUUCGGGAAGGUGGACGACUUCAUUAAGACGGUGUUUGCCUUCUGCAGCAUGCUCUGCCUGCUUAACUCCACAGUCAACCCGGUCAUCUACGCCAUGAGGAGCAAAGACCUACGCAGGGCCUUCGGCAACAUCUGUGGCUUGUGUCGGGGCAGCGCUCAGCCUCUGGACAACAGCGGGGAGAGCGAGGGGAACAGCAGAAGCAUCAGAAGCAAAGAUUGCGGCGCUAGCGUGCGAGUCAAAGUGGCGCAAGUGGCAAUUUCUGGAUUGACCGAGUCUUCGUCUACUGCGGAUCCAGUGUGAAACUACACAGGUGUGUCGUUAAUUAGGAUAGACUUCACCCUCCCUACGUUU